AUGCUACUUGUUCGUAUCUUAUUGCAGAAACGAACACGUUUUCGUCAACCGAUUCAAUGGCGCAAACAUCGUAAAAUGGCUAUUCAACUAUUUGCAAUAUCAUCUCCUUAUCUUUUUUUUAAUCUACCCGAAAUGAUUGGUUCUCUGGCAAAACCAUUUGGUUCAACAUCCGAGAUCGCUAUAACUUUUGAGCUAUGGUUGAAUUUUAUCAGCUACUUUGCCGAGAUACUUCUUCCGCUUAUUUGUCUCGCCGCUCUCCAUCCUAAACCAUGGAGUCGAAGACAUCGAUUAGUAAACGCUGCAACCAUCACAUUGACCAAUCAAACACGUCGAGUUAAAAAUACAUAA